AUGGCAGACCUCCAGAUUCUAAUGAUGAAUGGAAUUUAUCCAAAAUGGUCAACUUUAGUUCAGUAUUACCGUCAGCCACCUGCCGGUGAAAUGGGUCGUUCAUACUCAUAUUUCAAUAGUAAACAAAUGAAUCUGAGAAAGGAUGUGGAACGGGCUUUUGGAAUUCUGAAGCGGAAGUUCGCAAUCAUUUGUGGGCCUUAUCAUGGUCUAAGUGCUCGUGAAAUGCAUAAGAUUAUGCUGACUUGCAUCAUUAUGCAUAACAUGGUUAUCCAGAAGACUCGUCGUAAUAAGAAUUGGACUAACCAUCAAGAUGAAGACUUAAGACCUGAGAUUAUACCAGCAAGAGGAUUACCUACAAGAAACUAUGCGCAAAUGACCAGUCAUAUUGAGAACAGAACUCUGUAUAACAGGUUAAGGAAAGAUCUCAGAGCGAAUCUGUGGGAUGAGUUUGGAAGAGAUGGAGGACGAAUUGAGUAG